CCCGCCUGGGCCCUGAUGCCCCCUCCCCCGGCCCGCAGGCCCCUCCCCGGCUGCCUGCCCACGCUCGGCGGCUCACAGGUGAAGAGGGUCUCGGCCUCCAGGCGCAAGCAACAUUUUAUCAACCAGGCGGUGCGGAACUCGGACCUGGUGCCCAAGGCCAAGGGACGGAAGAGUCUGCAGCGCCUGGAGAACACCCGGUACCUCCUCACACUGCUGGAGACGGCUGGGGGUCCGCCGGGCCCGGAAGACGGGGACGGGACUCCGCCCGCGGCACCUGGCAUCUUCGCAGAGGCCUGCAGCAAUGCCACCUACGUGGAGGUCUGGAAUGAUUUCAUGAACCGCUCAGGAGAGGAGCAAGAGCGAGUGCUCCGCUACCUGGAGGAUGAGGGUCAGGGCAAGCGGAGGCGCGCGCCUGGCCGUGGGGAGGACCGGCGGAGAGAGGACCCCGCCUUCACCCCUCACGAGUGUUUCCAGCGCAUCAGCCGUCGCCUGCGGUCUGUGCUCAAGCGCAGCCGCAUCCCGAUGGAAACCCUGGAGAGUUGGGAGGAGCGGCUGCUGGCCUUCUUCUCGGUGUCUCCCCAGGCUGUGUACACCGCCAUGCUGGACAACAGCUUCGAGAGGCUCCUGCUCCACGCCGUCUGCCAGUACAUGGACCUCAUCUCAGCCAGUGCUGACCUGGAGGGCCGGAGGCAGAUGAAGGUCAGCAACCGCCACCUGGACUUCCUGCCCCCGGAGCUGCUGCUGUCCGCCUACCUGGACCAGCAAUGAUGGCGGAGCCCCGCGGGCCGACUCGCCCGGCCCAGACCUCCGGCGUCUGCUAAUGUCUUGCAUACUUUCAGAAUCAGAACACCCCCCUUCCCUUGGGGAGUCCCCUGUGCCCCGCCCGCCCCUCCAUGGCCCAGCUCGGGCCCCGUGCUCUGGUACUGGUAUCUGGGUGGGGAGACCUGAGCUGGCCGUUUCUGUGCUCUUUCCUGUUUGGCUUUUCUUUGGUGCAGUCUGCGGCUCAGGCGAGGAGACCAGACUCUUUUAUUUCCCCACUGAUCAGUUUUUAUGAAUUUGGCACGUUUGGGAUGGGUCUGUUUUAAUUUCUCUUUUGAAAUAGAGACACAACCAAAACACCUAGCGCCAGCCGGUAGUGGGUUCUGUUGUGACCCCUGCCUGACCCCUCCAGGUUUCAGCUCUGAUGGGGUGUCUGGUCCGCUCGCUUCCCAGGGCACCUUGUCGUGUGUGUGUGUGUGUGUGUGUGUGUGUGUGUGUACCUGUGUACGUGUACGUACGUGUGCACGCCAUGCGCCCGGUGAGUCUGGACAAGCUUUGUCUCAAGGGCUGAUUUUAUGCUUUUUUUGUUUUGGUGAUGUGUGUAUCCUGCCCCGACUCCCCGGGCUCUGCCUGCCCGUCCGCCCCUCCUGUCUCUCCUUACACCGAGGGUGCAGAACUUCCAGCCAGAAGCCUCUGACCUUGCGUGCCCUGCCCCCCUGCCCCCUCUGCGCCCAGCAGAGCUGUGCUCCCCGCAGAGGCCUGACAUGAUCCCAGGCCCGCCCCGCCCGCCUUCGUGUGGUUCUUCGUGCUUGUGGGAAAGGGACACUUUUAAUAAAGCCUUGGUGCUCGGCG